GGAUUUCGAAGAACACUCUCCAUUUUGUAUUUAAUCUUAAAACUUUGUCCUGUUUUACAAAUUUUCUGGAAAUUUCAAACCAAAAACUCAGAAACAGAGGGAUAAUAACAAGGAUUUGGAGGAGAUAUGUGUGGACAAAACAGAGGAAUGAAGAGAAGGAAAGCCUCUUCCGCCGCCGUCGCCGGCGGAGAGAGGGCAACGACGAAUCGGAAGAGAUCUAAAAUCUCGCCGGAGUUUACAAACAAGCCGGACUUCCUCGAUUCGUUGCCGGACGAUAUCGUCCUGUCCAUUCUAUCGAAUCUCAGCUCCAAAGCUAAAUGUCCUGCAGAUUUUAUUAACGUUUUGAUCACAUGCAAAAGGCUAAAUGGAUUAGGCGUUCACUCUCUGGUUUUAUCCAAAGCUUCGCCGGAAAUGCUAGCCGUUAAUGCGAAGAACUGGUCCGAGUCGGCUCACCGAUUCCUCAAGCUUUGUGCCGAUUCUGGAAACGUUGAAGCUUGUUACAUUCUCGGCAUGGUUGGUGUAUUUCUAAUUUAUUAUUUAUCCCCUGAUAUUUUUAAUUUCUUAUUGUUAUUGCUAUAUAUUACAAGGAAAAUAGUUCUGAUUAUGGUAUUCUGAUUAUUUAUUUCGGGAAGCAGAUUCGGUUUUACUGCUUGGAGAAUCGAGGCAGCGGCGCUUCACUUAUGGCGAAGGCGGCGAUUAAUUCACACGCGCCGGCGCUUUACUCUCUCGCAAUCAUACAGUUUAACGGCAGCGGUGGCUCGAAGAACGACAAGGACCUCCGUGCCGGCGUCGCGCUCAGCGCUCGAGCCGCAUUCCUCGGCCACAUCGACGCGCUUCGUGAGCUGGGGCACUGCCUCCAGGACGGUUACGGCGUUAAACGGAACAUCGCCGAGGGACGGCGGUUUCUGGUCCAAGCCAACGCACGAGAGCUGGCGAAUGUGCUCACCACCACUCCAACGGCGGUUAAAAACAGCGAAUGGCUGGCAUGGAAUCCCCUGCCCCACCACCGCCACAUCGCCGCCGGAACGAGCUGCCCGUUGCUGAGUGAUUUCGGGUGUGACGUUCCUUGCGCGGAUCCUCACCCGGCCAACAAGUUCUUAACCGAUUGGUACGCGGAGAAGGACGGUGUCCCCGGUCCGGGGCUCCGGCUGUGCUCGAACGCCGGUUGCGGAAGGCCGGAGUCGCGCAGGCACGAGUUCCGCCGGUGCUCUGUUUGCGGCGCCGUGAACUACUGCUCCCGAGCUUGUCAGGGGAUGGAUUGGAGGUCCCGCCACAAAUCGGAGUGUGUGCCGGCAAUGCGGUGGGAGGAGGACGAAAAUGAAAAUGUUGCAGCGGCGGGGGAAAUUGACGGCAACGGCGAGGAAGAAGUAAAUAACGGAUUUGUGGAGAUCCAAAAUGGGAUUGCAGAGAGUUGACCGCAGGGAUUUGAAUUGAAAAUAGGCCAAAUUUAGGGUUGCGAGUGGAAUUUAGAGAUUUUCACGGUCAACGUUUUGUACAUGGGGAGCAGAGUGAAAGUACGGAGUAAUUUAUUUUGUUUGUUUCCUCUUCGAUUUAACAUAUCAGCAAAUAGUAAAUCUGAGGAAAUUGAAUUAAUAUUUAUUAUUCCGUAGUGCCUUUGGUAAUAUUUAAUGAAAUUCCGAAUAUACUUCGUAACAUCUAAGGCCGUGUUUGGUAGUUCUGUAGUUGAUUAAUUUGUUUAAAAUAAUGAGUUUGUGCCGG